AUGAUGAAUUAUUGCGAUAAAAAACAUCGUUCGUUCGUGUGCAAGUCGUCGUCAAGACACAGGGAAGGGCGUCUAAGUAUAGGAUGUGCCGGUCGCAGGGCUGCACUGCUCGGUGCACAAGGUGCAUGCUGUGCAGCUCCCCUUUUGGUACCGGCUUCCACUGCCUACCCGACGAGUCUUCAGCCUCCAUUUCAGAAUUUGGGGAUUCUAGUCGCAACCAGCGCGAGGACUAGCACCGCUGAGGGGAACCUUCGCAGCGGCGAUGAUAAAAUAAGCAACGUCGACUACAGUUUGGAAGAGCGGAGAGGAGGCGGUGGAGGUGGACGUGGCGGCGGCGGCGGUGGUGGUGGUGGUGGCGGUGGUGGCGGCCAUGGUCGCGGUGGCGGCUAUGGUGGCGGUGGCGGCUAUGGCCGAGGUGGCUACAAUGACGGUGGCUACGGUCGUGGUGGCUACAACGGCGACGGUCGUGGUGGCUACAACGGCGAAGGUCGUGGUGGCUACAAUGGAUAUGGUGGCUACAAUGGAUAUGGUGGCUAUGGUCGUGGUGGCUACAAUGGCGACGGUCGUGGUGGCUACGAUGGAUAUGGUGGCUAUGGUCCUAGUGGCGGUGGCUACGACGGCGGUGCCAUUUUGAAAGAAAAGUUGAAAAACUUGUACACUUUCAAUUGGUUUUAG